UCUCUCUCUCUCUCUCUCCUGCUUCUUGGGGGGCAAAAAAUGGAGGAACUGUGUUCUCCAUGGUUUUACCAAGAGAGCAUUGAUGAGCUGAGACAAACGCUUCAGUACACUGCGUUCGAGCUCGAGGCUCUGAGAGCGAAAGCUAACGAAGACACGAGACUUCGCGGCGAGGAAGUGAAGGAUCUCCUUCGCCUUCUCAAACUCGCUUGCCGUGAGAGAGACGAAGCUAAAGAUCACCUGCAGAGUCUCCUCAAGAAACAGAGCAUGUCCCAUCAUGACACGGCCGAUCACAACGCUGUUGUUCUUGCAGUGGCUCAGAAUCCGAAAUCGAACUCAAGCGUCACCGAGUCGAACAGCCUCUCGCUCGGCUCUUCACCCGUCGACGACUCGUUCUUCUUCGACCCGGUCGCUUCCCCUGAAUUCUCCAAUUUCAACAACGUGACCGACCCGGUUCACGGAAUCGGAUUCGGGAACCGACCCAUUAACCGGAACUGCAAUCCUCAGAGACCCUUUGCUCAGAAUUAUCCUUCAAUGGUAAAGAUGAUCGACCCAGUGGAAGCUCUGAUCGAUGAGAUGGUUAAGGGGGAGGUUUUGCCGGUGAAGGGGAGGCUUCUGAAGACUGUGACGGAAUCGGGACCGUUGCUUCAGACUCUGCUCCUCGCAGGCGCUCUUCCACAGUGGCGAAAUCCUCCGCCAAUGCAUCAGACAUCCAGAGUUCGUCCGAUCUCGUACGAGGUUUCAAGAGGGCUUUCGAGUUCUCAGAUGCGUUUGGUGUCUUCGACGCUCAAUUUCAGAGGUUGCUCUGUUUCAGGCAUUUCCCCCGAGUUCCAGGUCGCCAAGCGGCAGAGAUUGAUUUAAAAAAAAGGUUUCUUGAUAAGAGCGGUGUAUAUUGGAUUAUAACCAUUUGGGUUUUUCGAUCGAGAUAUCCAUUCCCAGCUUGGAGAUUAACCAUUUCGGCUGCCUUGUACCGUCAAUUUCGUUCCGUGUAACUGUAACAGAGACGCAUACCAAGUAUCUGAAACAGGAAACAGACGUCUUCUCACUGAUCACGUGAACAAUAAGGUGCGCCUAACUUGAAACUACGAGGAUCGAGACAGACGAGAAACGUGGUAAAGACAUCGUGUUUCAGGGACAUGCAUUACAUUACUAUUUCUCGACGGCGCCGUUGGUGAAGCGGGUUAAUUAUUGAAAUUUGUUGAGAAUUAUUAUGAAUUAUAUUCAAUAAUAUACAUAUAUAUGUGCUUGUAUUUGUAUAUGAUAUGAUGUAUGCUUGUGUGAGCCCAGAACUGGAAUCAGAAUGGAGAUUGUUUUUCUUGGGCCUUAAUGGGCCUUUGGAAAUCUUACUGUGAUGGUGGGAUUUUACUAAUUGGGCCUACAAAUUUGUUUUGUGGCCUUUCAA